CCGUGGUGACGCAGUGCCUUCUCUCUUCCUCCUGCUGCCACUUUCCACGCUCCUAUUGGUCCGCUGGAGCUCACUCAGUCGCUCGGGCGCUGGUAGGCCGCCUCGAUGGCAAUGGCUAGGAUGUCCUCGUUUGUGUAGCACUCGCUAUUCGCCAUGCGUCUUUUUAGGACGCCGUGGGCGACCUUCGCCCUGGGAGCUGCUGCCGGGUCGUGCGCAGCGCUUUGCGCUUGGAAGCUCUAUUCCGCCUACUCCGCCGACGAGCCGCCUGAAAUCACGCAUGGCGAUGGACAUGCGAGUCUGGCCUCUGUACAGCGUGCAGCAGCGGAAGAGCAGCUAUUGCAUCAUCAUCCUCAGCAGCCGCAGCAGCACCUGGAGCAGCACCUGAAACCACCUGAAGAAUCACCUGGUGCUGACACAUCACCCGCUGCCACAGAACAAUCUUUUCCUCCGCAACACGGUGUGAGCGGUCAGGAACCAGAAGGUGGCGUGACACGUGGCAAUGGUGGAGUGGAUGGCAUGGAUCUUGCCAGCCUGGCAGCUGCUGAUGAUGACAUCAUCGUUGAACAGUUCACCAGGAACAUUCAAAUGUUUGGGCUGCCCGGCCAGCUGGCGGUGCACCGAGCGUUUGUGGUGGUGGUGGGACUGGGAGGGGUAGGCAGCCACGCCGCUGCUGCCCUUCUGAGAUGCGGCGUUGGCCAGCUGAGACUCGUUGACUUUGACCAGGUGUCGCUUUCCUCCCUCAAUCGCCACGCUGUCGCCACCCGGGCAGAUGUCGGAAUCUCCAAGGCGCAGUGCAUGCGGGAGCAUUUCCUUCGCAUCCUGCCCGAAGCUCAGGUGGAGGGGAUGGUUGCGAUGUACAACGAGGAAAACGAGGAGAAAGUUUUGUCCGGGCAGCCCGACUAUGUUGUGGACUGCAUCGACAACAUCGACACCAAGGUGGCCCUCCUCUCUGCCUGUGUGCGCCGCGGGCUGCCUGUCAUCAGCGCCAUGGGAGCAGGGGCCCGGGCCGACCCGACUCGAAUCCGAAUUGCCGACAUCAGCGAGUCGUCCAUCGACCCGCUCUCGCGUGCGGUGCGGCAGCGCUUGCGCAAGGCGCUGGGGGCAGCAGCAGCAGUGGAGGCGGUGUUUUCUCUCGACCGCCCCAAGGCCAAGCUGCUGCCGGUUGCGGAUGACUCCUUGCAGCCUGCCGACCUCCAGGUGGUCCCAGGCUUCCGUGUAAGAGUCAUUCCAGUCCUCGGGACCAUCCCAGCCAUGUUCGGCUUGGCUCUGGCGACACGUGUCGUCACCUCAUUGGCCGGAAUGGAUGUGGGGUUCGAACCUGUGUUGCGACUAAGUGUGGACCAUUACUCGCUGCUGCACCAGAGGCUUGUUGAGAGGGAGGAGAUGCGGUUUGGGUCGGCAAGUGCAGUAGAGGUGGACCUGGAUGACGUCAUGUUUGUGGUGCGCGAGGUGUGGCGCGGCCGCAGCGCGUGGCAGCUCCUCCGAGAGAAGGAAGCUGCGAGGAACCUUCUUCUCAGCCAGUCGGGACAGGGUGGGGGUGAAGCCGCGCAAGCAGAGGCGGAGAAGAAUGGAGAGGGGGAGGGGGAGAAACAGGGAGAGCAGAGAGAGGAAGAAGGGGGCAUUCAGGAGCAGAAGCUGGGAGAUGGUGAAGUGGCAGAGGAGCAACGAGAAGAGCAGAGGAAGGGGGGGGAGAGGAUAGGGGAUGAGAUACAGGAGCACGGAUGGAAGGGACAGGAGGAAGGCCCGAAGCAGCGGCAGGGGAAGAAGGGGGAGCGUAGAAAACGGGCCAUGAAAGCUGCUGCUGUUGGGAAUGGUGGUGUUGGUAAUGGUGGUGGUGAUGCUGGUGGUGGUAGUGAUGCUGGUGGUGGUAGUGAUGCUGGUGGUAGUGGUGGAGGGGGGGGAAGAGGAAUGGAUGUUGGCCGUGCAAUCUGGCGGUCUAUGGGUCACAUGACUCUCACUAGGUGGAAGGCAUCCCUCCCUCCCACCAUAGACAAUCUCGUUCUUCUCACAUUUGACGAGGCGGAAGCUCACGAGGCGAUGCCAUUGGAGCGGGUGGAAGCAGAGCAGCCUCACCUCUUCCGAUUGGUGGAAGCCACCUUGAAUCGAGCACGGAGAUUGUACACUUAGGACGGGGGGCAAGCAGUGUUUGAUCCGCAGCAAACCUAUGCGGGGCACAUGCAUUGCAUGGUGGCCUGUAUGAUAUGGGGCAGAAGUCAUGUUCAUGUCACAA